GUCAAUAUAAAUGUCAAAGUGCUAGUCGAAGAUUGUGUGGAAGAUUCUUACUUUAUGUAAAUAAAAUAGUCUUACUUUAUAUUAUUAGCGUUAUGAUAAAUUUGGUGUAUAUUAUAAAAAUUAAAAUCUCGAAUUGAUAGAAAUUUACGUUGAAUCGCCGGACGUUUCUGAUAUAAUGAAUUAACUUUUAUGUUAUUAUACCAGUAAAACCGUAACAUCAUGAGUUCUUCCGAAAACGAAACUGGUAUCAUACAGUAUGUUCCCUUCAUGUCUUUUGUUCACCCUUCAUUCUGGCAUACUCUUACUGAACAGAAGCUCGAUGUUGACAAGUUGAAUGAAAGCUCUAAACAAAUCUAUGGACGCUUCACAUAUCGAAAUGAUUUAGGAUCUUUAUUCGAAGUAGAUGGGACUUCUUUUAAUAGGUAACAAGUUUCAAUAACAAACACAUUAAAACUAUUAUAAACUUCAUGCCUUAUAAUCAUAAUAUUUUAUGUAAAACUUCCAGCACUCCAGAAGACGAAAUGUUUUACCAAAAUCUGACUGGCAGGUUGUUAAAUAAAAAUACUAUUGAAGACUUCAAGAACAUCGAUAAAGCGUCUUUGCUUAAUACUGUUGGAGAAGCAUUAUGGAAAGACCUGAAAUCAGGAUCAUGGAUUACAAACCCUUCAUGUUUGUUAAAUUUUAUUGUGCUCUCUUUUGCUGACCUUAAAAAAUUCCACUACUAUUACUGGUUUGCCUUUCCAGCACCCAGUCAACCCACAAUAUAUCUAUGUGAAAAGAGUAAAAGCAUUUCCAAUCAUUUUAAUAAAGAACAACUUGUCAAACUUGCACAAGGUUUUAAAUCACUUGAUAUUCAACAAAGAUGUUUUUUUGUUGUUAGAAAAAACAGUAUUGAUACUGGUAUAUGUGUUGAUAUAUUAUCUAAAGUUUUACAAAGAAAAGAUAUGUCUCAGUGGGAAUUAGAUUUGGACAUCACUAAUACAUAUUUUGCAUUUCUUGACUCAAGUAAUGGUAAUAAUCCUGGUUGGUCACUUCGUCUAUUUUUAGCUGUUUUGUUUGAUUUUUAUCCAAAUUUACAUAAGAAUAAUUUACAAAUAAUUGGGUUGCGGUGCAGUGUUAAUGGUGGUAUUGAAAAUAGUCUUAUUUUCACAACAAAAUCUUCACAGAGUCUCCAAACAGUAGAUAGUGCAGGAUGGGUAGGUUGGGAAAGAAAUGAUAAAGGCAACUUUGGUCCAAAGCUGGCAAACAUGUCUGCAUCCAUGGAUCCCAUAAAAUUAGCAGCUACGGCUUCAGAUCUAAACAUAAAAUUAAUGAAAUGGCGUUUGGUUCCUGACAUAAAUGUAGACGUAAUGAAGGCAACAAAAUGUCUUUUACUUGGAGCUGGUACUCUGGGAUGUCAUGUUGCACGGAAUUUAUUGGCAUGGGGUUUCCGACACAUCACUUUUAUUGAUAACGGUAAAGUAUCAUACUCAAAUCCAACACGGCAAGUUCUCUUCAAUUAUCAGGACUCCCUCGGCGGUGGAAGGAAAAAAGCCGAAGCUGCUGCUGACAAUCUUAAACUAAUACUGCCAACUGUAAAUAGCCAAGGCAUUGUGGCACACAUUCCCAUGCCUGGUCACCCUGUAGGCGAAUCGUUGAAAGAUGAGACAAUAAAAAAUAUAAAACUUAUCACGGAUUCUAUCAAAGAGCACGACGUUGUAUUUCUACUGCUAGAUACAAGAGAAGCGAGGUGGUUGCCGACAUUGAUCGCAUCUUAUUAUGGAAAGAUAACCAUAAAUGCAGCUCUGGGUUUCGACAGUUAUUUAGUGAUGCGACACGGUAUUAGCAAUUCCACUGUGAUUGGUGAAACUUCGCACGAGAAUGUUUUUAUAUCCGGGGAACAACUAGGCUGCUAUUUCUGCAACGACGUCACUGCUCCAGGCAAUUCUUCGAAGGACCGAACUUUAGACCAACAGUGCACGGUGACAAGGCCUGGCGCCUCAGCCGUGGCUGGUGCACUCGCUGUUGAACUAUUGGUUGCCAUGCUACAACAUCCAAAGGCGGUUGAUGCUCCUGCAAUAUAUAAUCUGUCAAGCGACACAGCAAAUGAUCUUCCGCCAGACAUGCAAGGAGUUUUGGGUCCAAUCCCCCAUUCUAUUAGAGGAUUCCUUCAUUCAUUCCAGAGCGUACUCCCGACUUGUGCCAAAUUCAAGCAGUGUAUCGCGUGCUCAGAUAUCGUAAUUAAUAAAUAUAAGGAAGAAAGAACAGAGUUCUUGUUGAAAGUCUUUAAUAGUGGUACUUACUUAGAAGAUGUGACUGGACUAUCGGAAUUGCAUUUGGCUGCUGAAAUGACUGAUAUGUUGGCACUCUCUGAUGAUGAUGAUGAAUGAACAAGAAUACUUCCCAGAAUUUAAUUAAUAUGCAGCCGAAUAGGUAUAGCACUAAUAUAAGGACCUUUAUAGCAGCUGCAAAUAUUGUUAAUGUUGCAUUAAGCUUUAUUUAUUGUGAUAUUUUAAAAUGUUUACAUUCGUCUUUGUGUAAAUGCCAAGAAAAUAUUAUAAGGAAGCGGUAAUAUUAAAGUAUAACAGUGAUUCAAUGAAUACGAAUAUUCGUAGUUAGGUGCGUAGAUUUUGGUGGAUCGUCCGAUUAGUGAAUCAAGUCACGUUAUACUUGAAUAAUUCCGCUUGGUAGAUAUUUGCCGCGCUUUAUCUUGUCUGAUGUAGGAAUCAGAUUCAGCUUACUGUAUCUUAUAAAAUAUAUCGUAUUGCCUAAAGUACUAAUCGUUGCAUCACUGAAAAGUAAAUUACUACGUACUUCUAACACUCCCGUUUCACUAUAAGUAUUUUAGAAACUGCGAUGCUCUGAGCACCCGUGAGAAAGGCCAGUGUUACUUUUAUAUAAUAUUUGAAUUUGGAAUAAAUAUUUGAAAAAGUAUCUUUUUCAAUUUGAUCUGCUAUUACCAGUUGUUUAUUUUGAUAAUGUAGAUAAAUAAAUAUUAUCAUAUAUAUUG